GACAAAUUUGUGCCAUGUGGAGCCCAAGGAGAAAGAAACGAUCGCGUGGAGCUCCAGGGAAACUUUCAGGAUUGCCGGCACAGUUUUGGCCUUUUAUUAUUCAGAAUGGAUCACAUGAAGAGGUUCUCCGGCAUGGCGAGGGGCACACCCGCGUCGGCUCUGGUGCGGAAGGACGAAGACGAGAGCCUGGUUCUCUUUGGGGAACUGUACAGGCAUGAUCAGGAGAAGGAGGUGAACCUCCUUGACCCAAUGUACUCCGUGGAGUUUGAAGCCAUCCAAGGUGACCGCCGCAUGUUCAAACUCGCCUCGGGGAAGCGAGAUUACCUACUCACAGAUGGCGAAAAGAACGAUUACGAUUGGCUCAAGACUCCUCCGGCCACCCCGCUGUUCGCUUCCCUUGAGAUGGAAGCUGAUUCCGCCCAAAUGGUUUUCCAGAGGGAGCUGCCUAUCCUUCAACCAGUUAAAACUUCAAGGUUCUCAGGAAAGUUCGAGGCACCCAGCAGCACAUCAGCGAAGUCCGAAUCUCCUACAACGUCCAGCUCCUCGAAGUCUGCCACUCCAACGACGAGACCCAGCUCUUCGUCAGAGAAAAACCUCAGCACCAGAGGAUCCCCUGCCUUCUGCAACCAAGAGUCCCCAUCUUACAAAAUAGACAAGAGAUCAAGCUACACACCUCUGGGAAACAGGCUGCAGAAUGCAGUGGCAGCUCCUACAACAGACACCAAGGCAGCUAAGAAAACCUCGUCAGACAAGAAGACCGUAGCCCCAGGCAGCACAAAGGCAGCCAAGAACAUCGCGGACAAACCUGCGAUGAAGAACGUCACGGCGGCUGCCCCAAGAGCUCGUACCAAGGACCCUUCGGUUGGUGCAAAGGAUCUGAAGGUCGAUGCUGGCAAUGGUGGUGGCACAAGAAGAGUGUCGGUUGGUGCAAAGGAUCUGAAGGUCGAUGCUGGCAAUGGGGGCGCCACAAGAAGAGUGUCGGUCGGUGCAAAGGACCUGAAGGUCGAUGCCAACAAUGGGGGCGCUGCAAGAAGAGUGCCACGUCAACCGGCUGCAGCAACAGGCAUCGGCAAAGACCCCUCUUCAGUGCCGGCAGCGGCAAGAGGAAGGAGCAGAGGUAACCAUGAGCCAGCUACUGGUAAUGGUGUCGAUGCCGCUGACGGGGCUGCGGUGAAGGGGAGGAGGAGAGCAGGCGGGGAGAAGGAGCAGCAGAGGCAACAAAAGGUUGGAAGCCAUGGAAAGAAGCUGGUUGGGUAGCUACCCCGGCCGGCAUUCAGCAUCCUGGCCUGAAUUUUCAGGAAGGAGAUGGCAACAUUCGGUUCAGAAAAGAACUUUCCGUUGCCUAAAUUUAUGCAAAGUACUUUUGAUUGAAAGGUUGUUCAUAUUUUGCAAUAGAGAUUUUCACCAUGUAGCUGAAUGGACAGUCUACACGCUGAGUAGCAGAACUGUCUUGUAAUACAAGUCGCUCAAGCAGUGAAAUCGUUGGUACAUUCAGUAAAAGAAAUGCAUUUCUAUGGGUUCA